CUGGACAGCCAGUCUGCCACACCCUCUGGUCUUCUUUCUUGUCUCUUUCCCUCUACCUUGUAAGGCACUUUUUGAGUGGUGGGGCUGGUUUUGGGAUCCUGUGGUGCCCCAUGCCUGCUGCUGUCCCAGCUUUGGUGACUGUCUCUUUGUUAUAGGACCUUUGAGGUGUCAAUUUUCUGGCUAGAAACCUCUGUGGUCAUGGUGCCUUUGCAUGAGCUCUUGUCCUGCAUCCAGGAAGAAUGAGGGACAUAGACAAGUGAAGGGUGAGCAAGACGAAGAUGAGCUCUAUUGAGUGUUACAACAGCUCAGAGGACACCUGCAUUGGGUAGCUCCCCUUCUAGGCAGGUCAUCUGUUGAGUAUUCAGUUCUCAGUAGAGAGGAGGCCCUGGAGAGGUAGCUCCUCUCUGCAACUGGUCAUCCUGAUGUCUGCAGCUCUCAGCAGAGAGGAAGCCCUGGAGAGGGUGGUUCCUCUCUGCCAGCAGGUUGUCGCUGCAGUUAUCAGCAGAGAAUGUGGCUCCUCUCUGUGGGUUGUCCCAUCAUCUCCAGCUAUCAGCAGAGAGGGUACUCCUUUCUGCAGCUGGUUGUCCCAUCAUCUCUCUGCCCUCUUCAUCCUCUAGCUAUCCUCUGCCCUGCUCUGGCUGAGUCCAGGGCUUUUAUGGACCUCAGAAGGGAGGAAGUGCAUGCCAGUUGUUCUGUGGGUGGCCAUGGGUGGGUUAGGAAGAGGCACCACAAGUCCCCACUUUGGUUUCCGGGACUGGCAGCCCAGGCCCCAGCCUUCAGGCCCUUCUUGGCCUGAAGGUGGGCCUUACUGGGGACACACUUCCUUCCUCCCAGGACUCUGUCUGCCUCCUGCUGCCAUUCAUGGCCCCAGGUCUCAACCCCAACCCUGCUCUGAGAUCAGAGCAGGUGCUGGGACAGGAGAGGGGCCAGGCAGUGGGAGCAGAUUCUUCUGAGCCUGGGAUGGGGACUAGUGGGGAGGCCUUCCCAGGCCCCUGAGGAUGCAGGCUGCAGAGAUGCCCAGGUCUUGUGCCUGGGAGGGCAGCCACAGCUGCAUCCAUGGAACUCCCACCCUGCCAACUCAGAAGGGGUGGGGUUCCUGCUUGUCCCUGGCUCCUGCCUGCUCUGUGGAGUGAGAGGCCCAGGUCUGCAACCACAGGUCAGGUGGUUGCAGCUGCAUCCAGGCAGGCAGAUCUGGCCUGCUGCUGGCCCCCUCCAAGAGCACAAGGAGGCUUGGAUCCACAGUCCCAGGAGGGUGGGGCUUCCAUCAGCUCUGUGGAGUGUUCAGCCUCAGGCACGCCUCCCUGCUGCUGCCAACAUUUCCCCCUCUGAAGAGGUACACCUAACUGCUGUUAGGGUAGGGACAAUGACCACUCUUAACUGCUUCAUGCUGACAAGGGGUAUUGUUUUGGGAAAACAACAGUCAAGUCUCUCUCAGAGACCUAUCUAAGAAUACCCAGUACAAGGGAGCCAUCAUCUGAGGCUCCAUUUUCAUGACCAUUUGGAGUUUAACUGCCCAUCCCUUGUUUCUUCUGAGCUGUAGUCAGAUAUCACUAGUUGGUUCACCUUCACAAUUGUCAAAAGCUACAAAUAGCUCAAAAGAAAAGCUUCCUUGAUUCUGAAAAACAAGAUAAAGGAUCAACAAUAUUCCAAGCAAAAAGUCAAAACAAGAUUGCUUCAGUCUUCUAUUAGUUCAGCUCACCCAGUCAACUCCUAUUCACAGUCUCCAAAAUUAUCAGAAAUCUGCAUUUGAAGACUAUAAUCCAUCCCUUGAAGAGGAUCAAAACGUGACAACAAUUGUCUGUGAAUGUCAAAAUGUCCUAGGGUAUUCAUAGUCAAAAACACAAUUGAUGAAGAAAUCUGGUCACCUCUGUGAUUUACAAUAACCUAACACAAUAACCCUAGCUAUGAUUGAUAACACAAACUCAGGCAUCAGAAAUCUAGAAAUCUCAUAUGAUUUUGAAACGCACGUUAACAUUUUUCACUAAAAUAUAACCUGAAGAUCAAACACCUUAUUUUGGUAAUCCUUUGUAACUAAACUUGUCAAAUAACCCUGUUUACCUCUCCCUUUCGAUGCUCCAGGGGUCUUCUGUAGCAUCCAAAACUCAGGGGUUAGGAAAGACAAUUUUGAAGCUGUAAAGGCUCAAAACACUUAACAGAAUUUUUGGUUACUGUAAGUCAUUCAUUUAAAUGACUCAAAGCAAAAAUCUUCAGUCACUAAGAGGGAAGACCUAAUUUUCCAAACAAUCUAACUUUUAACCAUAGCACUCCUUUUUAAAGACGUCCUUUUAAGUCUCUUAUUAUCCAACUUUAGCCAUGCCAAAUGGCCAGUUGAACUCAUGGAGGGGCAGAGAAUAUAGUGAUUUUUUUUAUUGUUGCUGCAACCAGUUUGCACAGAGACAGAAACCAAAAGUCUGACUGGUAAGAACUUUUACCCUUUCGCCAGCAUGUCAGGCUACUGGGCUCCCUUCCCCUCAGCUAUGGAGCCCUAUUGACCCUGGAGUCCUGUUGAUCUCUUGUCCUUCUCUUCUUUUGUCAGUAGUUUAUUCACAAAGAAAACAAAAUCUUUCAUUGCAUGAAAAUCUUGUUCAAGUGAAAGCCAAAUUUCACCCUUACAUUGGUCUAUUAAUGUCAACCCCAAUUUUAAAAAAUAAAACCUUACACCAUGGAAUACUAUGCAGCCAUAAAAAAUGAUGAGUUCAUGUCCUUUGUAGGGACAUGGAUGAAACUGGAAAUCAUCAUUCUCAGUAAACUAUCACAAGGACAAAAAACCAAACACCGCAUGUUCUCACUCAUAGGUGGGAAUUGAACAAUGAGAACACAUGGACCUAGGAAGGGGAACAUCACACUCCGUGGACUGUUGUGGGGUGGGGGGAGGGGGGAGGGAUAGCAUUAGGAGAUAUAUCUAAUGCUAAAUGACGAGUUAAUGGGUGCAGCACACCAACAUGGCACAUGGAUACAUAUGUAACAAACCUGCACACUGUGCACAUGUACCCUAAAACUUAAAGUAUAAUAAUAAUAAAAUUAAAAGGAAAACCUUACAGAGAAAUCCAUCCAAUCUUAAUCAGUUUGACCAUGAACUGAGAUUGUUAUAAAUCUUUUAUAACCUUUUACAGAUUUUUUUGUUAAACAGCAUGUAAGUGCUUCAAGAAAACCUUGUUGUGCUUGUAUUCCAAUGUUCAACUUAUGGAAAACCAAAUAAUUUCCUUUUUAGUGUAGUCAAUAUGUUUACACACAGGAUUCCUUUUACAAGAUUAAUUUUUUACAAACCUUCCAUAACUUGUUUGAACCUUAAGCUUUAUCUUAUGUAAUUUAAAACAAUCAUUUAACCCUCUGAACUAGGCAAAAAUUUACAUUCCCAUGCCUUCUUAUAUUAUUUUACUAAUGAUACAUUUUACUCUCCUUACUCACCUCACGUGUAGAUGUAUUUUCAGUAGUCAUCACUACAUGUUAUAAUGGUAGCCCUUAGUAAUUGUUAAUUUUGGUGAAAUACCCAGUAAGUUAUUUUAGUUAUGUACUUAGGUGCAGAUGAGGUCUGACUAUUUCCAGCAUAGCUAGGGCAGGCCUUACCAAACUGCAAAGCAGGAAAGUUGAACAAUUUUCAAAAGUCAAAGCAGUUUAUGACCUUAAAGCAUUUAGUCCACCUAGUUUCUGACUUGCAUAAUUUAGACCGUGUCUAUAUUUUGAAGACAUUUCUAUUUCCAUUUUACUGAUAAUUUAAAAGCCAGCCUAUUUAGCAAAGUCAUACUUAAGUCAAGUGAAUUUGAAAAUUGCUUAGAGUUAUUUACUUAAUUUAUGAACACUCUUUUACUUAUAAGCCAAUUUGGUAGACACAACAUAUAACAAUAAGUGUACAUACAAGUAAACACAUCUAGACAUGUAUACACACACACAAAUGAAGAGGUGGAGCAAGACUCCACCUCAAAACAAAACAAAACAAAAAACAAAACACCCAAAUUGGGUGCAGUGCAUACUGCUUGGGAGAUGGAUGCACCAAAAUCUUACAGAUCACCACUAAAUAACCUGCUCAUGUAACCAAAUAACACCUGUUCCACCAAAACCUAUGGGAAAAAAAAAAAACUUAAAAAAAAUUCUUAAAUGAUAUCACAGAACUGUAUUAGCCGAAUACAGUACCUAGUACCUGGCUGUAACCCAAUACUUGCCUCAUACCAUCACAUCUAGAAAACGAGUAGAUAUUCUUUUUGGAAGAGCCCUGAGGGGGCUACUAGGAGGUUUGCACGGCCUGCUCUCCUGCCCUCCUCUUGCUCUGCAGCUGAACUCCAAUUCUCUUCGGGUUUAGACCCCACUGACUCGCUCCCUGGCAAAGCAAACAAUUUGAUCAGGCGACCACGUGCAUUCUUCCUUUUCCUGAAACCAGCACCAUGGGGUAAAAGAUUAUUUCUCCUUGGUUGCCUUCCAGAUGUUUCACACUUGGACAGCAAACUGAUUUCAAACCACUCCUUUUCAAAGAUCUCUAAGGGAGAUAUUUCAUCUGGCAUUGCAGCCCAGAGCAGGUCUGGCCACGGCCAUGAGCGUGCUGAGCCAUCAUGCCCACCGUGGAUGACAUUCUGGAGCAGAUUGGGGAGUUUGGCUGGUUCCAGAAGCAAGCCUUCCUCAUCCUAUGCCUGCUGUCAGCUGCCUUUGCGCCCAUCUGUGUGGGCAUCGUCUUCCAGGGUUUCACACCUGACCACCGCUGCCAGAGCCCUGGGGUGGCUGAGCUGAGCCAGCGCUGCGGCUGGAGCCCUGCGGAGGAGCUGAACUACACAGUGCCAGGCCUGGGGCCCGCAGGCGAGGCCUUCCUUGGCCAGUGCAGGCGCUAUGAAGUGGACUGGAACCAGAGCGCCCUCAGCUGUGUAGACCCCCUGGCUAGCCUGGCCACCAACAGGAGCCACCUGCCACUGGGUCCCUGCCAGGAUGGCUGGGUGUAUGACACGCCUGGCUCUUCCAUCGUCACUGAGUUCAACCUGGUGUGUGCUGACUCCUGGAAGCUGGACCUCUUUCAGUCCUGUUUGAAUGCGGGCUUCUUCUUUGGCUCUCUGGGCAUUGGCUACGUUGCAGACAGGUUUGGCCGUAAGCUGUGUCUCCUGGGCACCGUGCUGGUCAACGCUGUGUCAGGCGUGCUCAUGGCCUUCGCGCCCAACUACACGUCAAUGCUGCUCUUCCGCCUGCUGCAGGGCCUGGUCAGCAAGGGCAACUGGAUGGCCGGCUACACCCUAAUCACAGAAUUUGUUGGCUCGAGCUCCAGAAGAACGGUGGCGAUCAUGUACCAGAUGGCCUUCACGGCGGGGUUGGUGGCGCUUACCGGGCUGGCCUACGCCCUGCCUCACUGGCGCUGGCUGCAGCUGGCAGUCUCCCUGCCCACCUUCCUCUUCCUGCUGUACUACUGGUGUGUGCCGGAGUCCCCUCGGUGGCUGUUAUCGCAAAAAAGAAACACCGAAGCAAUAAAGAUAAUGGACCACAUCGCUCAAAAGAAUGGGAAGUUGCCUCCUGCUGAUUUAAAGAUGCUCUCUCUCCAAGAGGAUGUCACCGAAAAGCUGAGCCCUUCGUUUGCAGACCUGUUCCGCACGCCGCGCCUGAGGAAGCGCACCUUCAUCCUGAUGUACCUGUGGUUCACCGCCUCUGUGCUCUAUCAGGGGCUCAUUCUGCACAUGGGCGCCACCAGCGGGAACCUCUACCUGGAUUUCCUUUACUCUGCUCUGGUCGAAUUCCCGGGGGCCUUCAUAACCCUCAUCACCAUUGACCGUGUGGGCCGCAUCUACCCCACAGCCGUGUCCAAUCUGUUGGCGGGGGCAGCCUGCCUCGUCAUGAUUUUUAUCUCACCUGACCUGCACUGGUUAAACAUCAUAAUCAUGUGUGUUGGCCGAAUGGGAAUCACCAUUGCAAUGCAAAUGAUCUGCCUGGUGAAUGCUGAGCUGUACCCCACAUUCGUCAGGAACCUCGGAGUGAUGGUGUGUUCCUCCCUGUGUGACAUAGGUGGGAUAAUCACCCCCUUCAUAGUCUUCAGGCUGAUGGAGGUUUGGCAAGCCUUGCCCCUCAUUUUAUUUGCGGUGUUGGGCCUGCUUGCUGCGGGAGUGACGCUACUUCUUCCGGAGACCAAGGGGGUCGCUUUGCCAGAGACCAUGAAGGACGCCGAGAACCUUGGAAGAAAAGCAAAGUCCAAAGAAAACACAAUUUACCUUGAGGUCCAAACCUCAGAACCUUCGGGCACCUGAGAGAGAUGCUUUGCGGCGAUUUAGUGUUGGAGGGAUGAAGAUGGAGUUAUCCUCUGCAGAAAUUCGUAGACGCCUUCACUUCUCUGUAUUCUUCCUCAUACUUGCCUACCCCCAAAUUAAUAUCAGUCCUAAA